AUGCUUAUAAUUUGGACUUUUUUCCUGAGUAUUUUGGAUCUUGGUCAGCAGAUAACUUGGGCUAAGGAGCUGUCUAGAAAUUCCAAAGUGGCUUGCGCCAGUGGCGAACUCUGUGACCCUAGGCUACGGAGAGAUGCUGGAGGACGUGGAGGGGUGUAUGAGCAUCUUGGUGGAGCUCCGCGACAUCGAAAGCUUUAUUGCGCCACAAAGUAUCACCUACAGAUCCAUGUGAAUGGCAAGAUUAACGGAACACUGGAGAAAAACAGUAUUUUUAGUAUUUUAGAAAUAACCGCUGUGGAUGUGGGAAUAGUUGCCAUCAAAGGACUAUUCUCUGAGAGAUACCUGGCCAUGAACAAAAGAGGGAGACUUUACGCAUCGGAAACAUACAACCCUGAAUGUGAGUUUGUGGAGAGGAUUCAUGAGCUUGGUUACAAUACUUAUGCGUCCCGUCUGUAUCGGACUGUUCCCAAUGGUGCUGGCACAAGAAGAAAAGCCAGCGCAGAAAGAUUGUGGUACCUGUCUAUCAAUGGUAAAGGUCGACCCAGACGUGGGUUUAAAACACGAAGGACGCAGAAGUCUUCUCUUUUCUUGCCAAGAGUGUUGGACAACAAAGACCAUGAUGCUGUGCGGCUAUACCACACAAGCCCCAAGUAUAGAGAAAGAGUCCUGAAAUCUGCUAAAAACAAUGCAAAACAAAAAAGAGGACACUGA